AUGUCGGCGUCUCCAGAGGUAUCCCAGACAUGGCCCAAGCCAAACUACGUGAACCCGGAGUAUCAGGGACCUCGGCUCGCCAUCAUCGGCAUCACGCUGGUGGUGACUUCGAUUAUUGUCGUCGCACUUCGGAUGUUUGUUCGCAUUCACAUAAAGAAAGCCGCUUCUUGGGAUGACUGGUUCAUGGUAGCUGCGCUGCCUUUCUUGAUUGGCAUCUCAACGGGGGCAAUUAUCAGCACGAGGCUACCACAUAUGGGACUUCAAGAUGGAGGAUACAAGGGGUUCAAGAUUGGUAAGACCCAUGCCCCUCUUCAUUUGGCCAAAGUCCUGACAGUGCUGUCGAUCCUGUUUUCGUAUCUGCGAUUCUUCAGCGAGAGGAAAUAUAUCAGGAUAGUAUGGGGGUUACUUUCAUUAGUGUUAUGUUGGUUCAUAACAUUUAUAAUCAUGAUACUUCUCGCCUGCAUCCCCCUUUCGAACUACUGGAGCAAACGGGGCUCUGUCACCGAGGAGGGAUGCAUGAGCGAGACGGGAAGGCUGCUCGGGGCUUCGUUCUCCAACGCCAUACUAGAUAUCGCCAUCCUUGUCGUUCCGUGCCCAACUUUUUGGCGACUAAACCUCCCUAUCAGAGAUAGGAUGGUGCUCAUCAUCCUGAUGUGCUUAGGUGUCGUUUCUUGUCUCGCUGGCUGUGUUAAAUCGUACUACAUAUACCGUACACUCAACGAGUCCGCCGAUCUAACCUGGGAUGGGUACGAUAUCUGGGUGUGGACAGACAUUGAAGUGAAUUUUGCAGUGAUUUGCACUUCUAUCCCUAUUCUCCGACCACUGAUCCAGAGAUACCUUCCCAAUCUCGGGUUCAAGAGUUCCACGCUCAAUUCAGUGUCUGAAACACGACUUAGCGGCAGGGUGGACUUUAACGGCUUGAACUCUGGAAUCUACAAGCAGCAGACGAUCAGACAGACGAUCCAGCCUCGACAGAGCAUCAUAGAUGAUGGCAAGGAUAGCUCUUCGGCGAUCGUGUUGAGCCCAGCCAGUAUCCCCAUGACCCGGGCGUACUCUUCCUCUUCUCGGAGUUAUAACUCCCGUCAUGGUCCUUGGGAUGAUCCACGACCUUGA